GGUUGACUGGGUUGACUGGGUUUACGCUUCUUUCAGCAACCGGUAGCGUGUAUAGUACCGGUGAAUAUUAGUCAGAAACAAAAUGUUGCACGCGAAAUUAAGGUUUGCGUUUUACAUUGCGACUUGUUCCUUUUAUUUGAGUUUCGUGUAUGCCAAUACUCAAGCAUCUUCGAGAAACAAUUUUGCAGAACAACUUACCGAAGAGAAUUGGGACCGUAUGCUGAUCGGAGAAUGGAUGGUGGAAUUCUAUGCACCAUGGUGUCCUGCUUGCAAAGCACUUGAACCUAUUUGGGAACAUCUCGCUUUGCAGAAGAAAAGCUUGAAUAUCAAUGUUGGAAAAGUUGAUGUUACUGAUUCUCCAGGUCUUAGUGGAAGGUUUAUGGUUACUGCUUUACCAACAAUAUAUCAUGUCAAGGAUGGUAUAUUUAGGCAGUACAAAAGUCCCAGAGACAAAGAUUCAUUAAUUGAAUUUGUAUCUGAAAAAACAUGGGAAAAAAUUGAGCCUAUUCCUGGUUGGAAGAGCCCAACUUCCAUUCAGAUGUCUGUUAUUAGUCAAUUUUUUAAAAUGUCACAAGUAUUAAGGGGAGUACAUAAUAAACUCAUGGAAGAUUUUGGACUGCCUACAUGGGGAAGUUAUCUGAUCUUUGCUGUUGCAACUAUCGUUUUAGGUGCUAUAUUAGGACUGUUUAUUGUUUGCCUGAUUGACUUCAUAUAUCCACCAAAGCAUGUAACACUUCAAAGCAAAAAGAAACAAAAAGAUGGUUCCGGUGGAUUUAUGCAAGAAAAAAGUAUACAAGAUGAAGAAAUUGUUGAAAAUGUUAAAGACGACUUGGUAGAUGAGGAGUCUGAAGGUGACGUGGAUGCAGAGGAAAAAGAAAAAGACUCUGAAAAAGAUUCGAAGGCUGAGCCGAGUAGUCCAAACGUUCGCAAACGUAAGCCACGACGACUUAGCAGAUUACCGACUAUAAUUUUGAAAAAAUCAAACAUGGUUAAGAACAUAAAGAAACGCUCGAUAAGCGAGAGUGAGGUAGCUACGAAGCCGAGACAGGAAUUUGUAUCAAAAAAGAAGAAGCCAGAAAAUGGAUCUGUACAAAAUGGACAAUCAAAUAAAGAAGUUAAAAAGAAUUUGCCACAGAAAGUGAAAGCUCAACCGAAGCCAGGUGUGGGAGUUAAGAAGGACGUAAACGAGGUAGUUGCAGAGAAAACUAAGAAACAAACAUCAAGUAAAGUUGAUAAUGAAGAAAAAUUAAAGAAAAAGCAGGCUUAUCGUGAAAAGCGUAAACUGCUGAAACAAGAUAACAAGCAUGGAGUUAGAUCUGAUUUGUCUAUGGAUGACAUUACACGUAAGAUUGAGGAGAUAGAAAAGCGAGGAAAUCUCACAAAAAGUGCUAAAAGAAAGUUAGCGCAACUCAGAAAAUUAUUAAAGGUGAAGGAAGGUACAUAUGUACCUAAGCAACAAGUAGCAAAAAAGCAAGCAGAGAAAGGAAAAAACGAGAAAUCUGUAGAAGGUGCAAAGAAAAAGCAGGUCCAAAUUAAUGCAGAGAAGAAAAAACAGGUACCGGAGAAGGUUGAAGCUAAGGUAGUCAAGGAUAAUAAAAAGAAAGAUGUUAAACAAGGUAGUCUGCUUCUUGUUAAGCAGAAGGAAUCAGAGGAUGAGGAUGAAGAUGAUGAAGAUGAGGAAGAUGUUGAGCUGGAUGAUGACGUGAGUGAAGAUGAAGAAGGAAGUGAAGUAGAGGGAGAGGAGGAUGAAGACGUUGAUGAGGAUGAUGAGGAUGACGACGUAGAGGGGGAUGAGGAGGAGGAGGAGGAUGAGGAGGAGGAGGAGGCGGAUGAUGAUGAUGAUGAAGAUGAUGAAGAGGAUGAGGAAGAAGUUAAAACUAACAUUGUUCAAAGUCCGCAAGUAAAAGAAAAACCUAAACAAAAUACAGAACAGGAUGGAAAAAAGAAGAGAUUCGUUCUUUUUGUUGGAAAUCUACCAUACACCGCUACUCAGGAAGACAUUAAGAAACAUUUCUUAACUAAAGUUAGCGAUGUAGUUGACAUCAGGAUACCUAAGAAGGAUGACAAUACAUCAAGAGGGUUUGCUUAUGUAGAAUUGACUAACAACAUUGACUAUGAAAAAGGACUUGCUCUGAACAAUUCGUUCGUGAACGGCCGAAGAAUAAAGGUGCAAUAUUCCGGGUCCAACAAAAAGGAAACAGUCGCAAAAAAUCAUAAAUUGCAAGCACUCCAAAAAGCAGGAAAAUUAGCCGGUGGACACAAGAAGUUUAAUCAGAAGUCCGCUGGGAACAAGGGGAAACCAUAUAUGCAAAAGACGAAAACGUAAUUGUUGAAUGAAUAAGACGUAUUGCACAUCAAUUUUUAAAUAUCAUCCUAAUUGUUACACUAUCCAGAUAUCUAGAUUUAAGUUUUUUAUGUAUACAACACACUGUAAAGAUUUAUGUUACGAUCAGUAUAGAUAAAACGAUUAUCUACUAAAAGAUGUAUAACUCAAUCCGCGAAACUUCAGCCUGAUUCCAAUGACUGUGUUUACGAACUCAUUUUAAACUUUAUACAUGUACAUUGUAAUCACGUGUAAUCUUAAUUGACAUUUCUGGUAAGGUUAAAAAUAUAGAUUGUUAUUUCUUGACAUGAUCAGAAUACAAAGAGGUUAGCUAAGCAACUUGGCGUAUCGUGAAGAAAUGUCUAAAUCGGAAAUCAGGCGUACAAAGAAACAAAAUGAAACGAACUAUUCCGUAAAUUUUGAGGCAACGGUUCCGUGGACGAAUGAACUUACAGAUGUACGAGAUUAAGAAUAAUAAGUGUACUAUCUACAUAACUAUGGAGUAUACAGAUAAAAAAUAAAAUUUUUCCUCUUAGGAACAAC